UCAACGGGGCGCGGUCCAGAGGGUGGAGUUCACCGCCGCCGCUCUGGGAACGUUCAGCUUUGCUUGCAUAUUUGUCUCUGUCUUCUGCACCGCAAGAGUCGCACCGCACUUCUCCUCCGGGGUCCGCGCUUUAUUUGGAAACUGGUUUUAAACGGAACCGUUUACGCGAAAGGGCACCGUGCUGGGAAGAUGAUGGCUCCGCUGCGUACAGCGAUGGCAGUCGGUAGCGCGGAGGACACGUCGCUCGCGGUGCCUUCAGACAACAAGCUGCGCUCGGGUCAACAGCGCGUGCUGGAUCAAGUGCACAGCAUCAAGAGGAGCAAGUCCAAAAAGAAUGGCACACUGUCGCCUUCACCAACAAGCCUGUCUCCUCCGGCUUUGACGACAAGUGAGUUUGGAACCUUCAAGUUUGCUCCAUUCAAAGCAAAUGGCACCUUCAGCCGCACCAGCUCUGCAUUGUCAUCGGGCUUCAACAAAGUGGUUCAUACUCAGAGGAGUCGCACUCUGUCCGCUAAAACCAUGGGAGGAAGAAUGUACAACACCUCGGGCACAUGGGACCAAAACAUCAACGCCAACAACUGGGCCCAGGGCUCCAACGGGCUGAAAACCGCUCGCAGUGACCCAGCCUUGGCUCACCAUUUUUCUGUCCCUGCACCUGUUAUGAGAGCUAAAGGGCAGGUGGUCCAGAGCCAGCAGAGCCUCCGGACUCGAGUGAACAGACACAGCACCUAUUCUAUGACCAACGGCAACCAGAUGACCAGCAGCCAGCAACGCAUCGUCUCGCCGCCCUCUGUCCAUUGUCACACUGAGGGCAAGAUGGGGACCAUCAAAAUGUCCAAGAUUGAGCAGCAAUCAGCGGUGAACAGCGCAGUAAACGUGCCAGAUAUGACUCUAAAGGAGGCUGUAGAGUUCCUGUCUCACCCUGAAGAGAAUUACCAGCAGUGUGGAGCCACCUUCAUCCACCACACCACCUUCAAAGAGGAGGGCGCCAAACAGCAGGUGUUCCAGCUAGGAGGUAUCCCCGGUCUGGUGACCCUGCUGCGGAGCCCCAAUACUGUGGUGAGCCAGGCUGCCGCUGGGGCUCUGAGGAACCUGGUGUUCAAGGACCAGGACAACAAGCUGGAGGUUCAGCACUGUGGUGGCAUAGCCAAGGCUCUGCAGCUGCUGAAGGAGACAGAUUCUACUGACACCCAGAAACAAAUCACUGGCCUGCUAUGGAACCUUUCCUCUGCCGAUGAGCUGAAGGAAGAACUUAUAGCCACGGCGCUGCCCGCCCUGACUGAAAAUGUGGUGGUGCCAUUCACCUGCUGGUCAGACAACAGCGUCAACAACAACAUUCACCCUGAUGUCUUCUACAAUGCUACAGGAUGCCUGCGGAACCUGAGCUGCGCCCAGAAGAAGGAGAGGCAGGCGAUGAGAGAGUGCCGCGGCCUCAUUGACUCCCUCAUGAGUUACGUCCAGUCCUGUGUGGCGGAGGAGAACCCCGAUGACAAGUCUGUGGAGAACUGUGCAUGCAUCCUCCAUAACCUGACCUACCAACUGGAGGCCGAGUCCCCUGAAUGCUUCAGCAGGUUCCAACCUCCGGUGGAAGGCCAAGUUGGGAAUAAGAAAAACGCCCCAAUUGGAUGCUUCAGCCCGAAGAGCGGCAAGGCUCAGAAGGAGUUUUCAUUUGACAAACUGCCAGAGGACAGCACCCCAUCAGGUGUUAAGUGGCUGUGCCAUCCAAAAGCCAUGCAGACCUACCUGUCACUGCUGGGCUCGUCCCAGAAAGGUGCCACCCUGGAGGCCUGCUGUGGCGCCCUGCAGAACCUCACUGCCAGCAAGGGACCGGGCUCCAGUGCCAUGAGCCAGAUUCUGGUUCAAAAGCUGGGGGCUCUGCUGCACCUGUCCGCUUUUUUGAAGUCUCCCAACCGCAGCCUGCAGAAGGCCGCCAUGUCCCUGCUGAAUAACAUGUCUCGGAACGACAGCUUGCAGACCCCCAUAACAAAGCAGAUUCUGCCUGAACUCACCGGCCUCCUCACCUCCAGCCCACGAGAGAUGGGAAACUCUGACGAAACUAUAGCAACGGCUUGCAACACAGCCCACAGUCUGAUGUUGGCGGACCCUGAGGUCACCAAGAAGUUCAUCAGUAGUGAACUGGUGUCUUCGGUGGCCGACCUCAGCGAGAACAGGUCUUUCCCCAAAGGCAGCAAAGCAGCUUCCCUGCUGCUCUACAGCUUAUGGAACGACAAGAAUUUGCAAGGUGUUUUGAAAAAGCUGGGGAUGGCCAAAACACUUUUUGUCAAUGAGAACACCACAGCAGCGCACAGGUCAGUGCAAGUUAUCGACUGAGUGUGACGGACAAGUGGAAAAGGCACCACAGAGGCUGAGAGAUGGAAACCAGCAUGUUUAGACACUGCUGCAGCCACACCUGUGCAACGAGGAGAGUAAAAUUACAUUCUUCACAUAAUAGCGUUGUUGAGAGAGCCUAUCAGUUAAGAGUGAGUCACAGAUUGUACAUACGUUAGUGAAAAGAGAGCUUUUAAUUUCAUGAUAAAUCCUGCGGUGUUUUAUGUAUUUAAUUUGGAUAUGAUGCUGUUUGUGUAUAUAAAGGGGUGAGUGUGUUUUUGGUAGGUGAAGUGUACAUGUGCUGAAACUCAGUUCCUCCGGCCACUAGAAAAUGUUAUCUGCAGUCAAAGUUACUAAAGGCAUGCAGCGAUUAUUUAGAUUCACAAAUGGCUUUGUUGUCAAUUGUGUCUUUCUGCAUUGGCUAAAGAUAAACUGUCUAUUGUGGCCUCGAGGACUGAGUAGCUGAAAAUGAAAGUACUAAGAAAAAUAUACGAAAAGCUAAAAAAAAAAAGGAGAGAGAACAAUGUGUAGUUGUGAUACUGUUGCUGUCAGAUGAAUCUUGUAAAUCCAGAUGGAUUUUUUUUUUUUCAUUGUUUUGUUAUCUGUUUCAUUCUGUGAUUCAGAAUUCUUAUUUUUUUUAAAUGAACAGAAACAGCUUUUAACAAGAGUGCCUAGAUAGUUUAAGGUAUAGUUAUGUUAGUGUUAUGUUUAUACAUCUAAUAUGAAGCUACAGCCAGCAUUCAGUUAGCUUAGCUUAGAAUAACAGCUGGUAUCGGGGGGAAACAACUAGCCUGGCCACAGUGCUGUAGGUGUCAGCGCUAGAAGCACCAUAUUAGCAUUCUGCUAUAGGGGGAAAAAUGCUCUGGCUUGUUUGUGUUUCUCUAAACCAAUCACAAUUACACAAUCAAACCAGUCACACAGUAACAGGGCUAACUGUUAGCAUCAAGUAGCUAACGUUACAUGAGGAUUACUAAAUUGUUUAACAACAGAGUCAAACCGUUUUGGUAUUGGUGUUAGUUUGUUGGGAUCAUUAAAUGGCUCAGGGUUGGGUGCUAGCGCUGCUGCUGUGUUAGCUCAUGCUAACGCUGCAAACUCGUCAGGGGGAGAGUGGCUUCAGAGACAGCAGCAACAGAAAGUUUGCUAAUCUGGCAUGGAAUCGGGUUGGUUUGGGUGUACCGUUUGACUGGAGACAUUUUGAAAGAUGUAGCUUAUUAACCCCAAAUGGCCAUGUAAGAAAAUGGAGGAACAUCGGGAAUGAGAGUCCUGUGAGACGGAAUCUUUAUUAAUCAAAACUUGCCAUUUUUUUUGGUGUACAUUAGCUCAGAGAUUGUUGUUAUUUCGUUUAGCGAAGGGGAUUUUGAAAUCCCUAACACACAAAUAGUAGAAGGGUCAGACCAGUCCAAAGGUAGUAAAAUCCACCUGCCAGCGCUUCUAAAGCUCACUUCUUGACACAAUCUAUCUUGUUCUGAGUGUGAAAACAAGACUUGGUGGUUUUAUAAGGUUUACGUGACCUGUAAAACCACAAUGUGUCGCUUUUACGCUGCUCUUUGUGCAGAUUAUACAAACAAGAUAAUAAGUGUUAAGAAGUAGAAAUAUGUUGCUUUCGGAUAGAGUCAGACUAGCUUUUUCCCAGUGUUUCUAGAUUUUGUGCUAAACUAAGCUAAGGUAAGCUAGGCUAAGUGGCUGCUGGCAAUAGCUUCAUAUUUAGACAUGAGAUUAUUGAUUACUUUCUUCUACGUGAAUAAGAGUAUUUCCCAAAAUACUGAACUGUUUUUUAAAGUGCAGUAGUUAAAGCCUUGUGUUUUUUCUGUUGCUUUGUCGUAAACUUGUCUUGUUAUAUACAUUUUGUUUUGUUUUUUUGUUAGUUCGUUUUUUGUUUUCUUGCAUAAACUGAGAAAUAGGAGACAGAGAGGUAUUGGAAUAUAGUACACAACAUGUAACACCAGCUGUGCCCUUGUAUAGAAAUUUGCAGCAGUAUAAGUAGUCAGACAUCUCUUUGAAAACCCUUUUAAGUCCAAUAUGAAAUGUAUCAACAGUUGACGUAACCUGUAACAGUCGGAGUUAGCUGCUGGCUGUACACUUAGUCUCCUACUGUAAGUGUUCUUUGAUCUAACUCAACAGAAGUCACAAAGGAGAUAAUGAAGGGGCUGCACCCUCAAACAUAAGGCUAAUGAAUUAUGAUCUGUUUGCACCACCUCAGGCAAGAGAAGCUGCACAUCCAAAUAUAUAAACAUACAUUAUAAAUGUUGUUUGUAUUUAAAAACACGUGGUUCUUCAUCUAAAACUUAUAUAUGUGAAUUUUGCUUCUUUAAAGUUUAAAGGGCUCAUUAUACAAUAUCUGCUCUCAUAAGCAAACCACUGUUAUUUAUCGGUUUUAAAUCUUCUUAAAACUCCAAUGCUUUUUGAAGACCAAUUAUACAAAUGGCUAAAGCAAAGAGAUGCCAUGGCUUCAACAACACACUGCAGAGGACUGUUUUUUUAAUGCUUGAGACAUUAUAGUCCCGCCUAGGUUCAUUUGCCUAGGGGAAAAUUGAUGUCAGUAUUGCUAAGAAUGUAUUUCUGGAGAAAUGCGUGUGGCAUAUAAUUAGGAGCUUUCCCUGUCACUCAGUCUGUACAUAAAAUAAAAAACAGAGAU